AUGGCGUCGCUGUUCAGCGAGCUCGGGCCAACUCCAGAGCCGAUCGUUUCAUCGUCUUUGUCAGCGCAUCCGCUGGCUUGGCUUAGCUGUUGGCGCCCCUCGGCUGCCAUUGGCUGCGCUCCUGGCCGGCCGCUGCGCCUCCAGGCUGCCGCAGGUUGUGUGGCGACGCCGGCCGCUGGCACAGCAGACAGCCAUCAGGCUGCUGCCGCGGCCGCCGAGCUGCGGGCCUCAACCGCGACCGCAAACAUCGUACUUCGCCCAUAUUUCGGCCUUGGCUCCACUCUGGCACUCAGGUGUUUGGGCGGACUCUGCCACCCUGCGUGCCUGAACCGCAGUACAAAAUUACGUUCCGCUGCUUCACCCUUGCACCAGCCAGCGCAUACCCGCCGCUACGCUGCCCGCCGCAACCCCACUGCCCACGCCGUGCCAGCCGGCAGCGCGCCUUCCUCGGCAGCCACCGGCCGUGGCGACGCGCGUGGCGCAGCGUCCGUCGUUACAGUGCUGGACGCCACGCCCCCCAACACUCCACGGGAGUCCGACAUCUCCCUCAACACGCCGCCCGCUUUCCCAGAGGCGGACUCGUGUGCGAUCUGCCUGGACCCCAUCGACCCCACGACCACCGGCGAGGCAUCAGCAGUCCUCCACUUGAAAGGGCUGGGCCGACGCCGACGACCAAUGUUUGCGAGUGGCCUGUGCAGCACGGGGGAUCGAGGCGCCUACACGGCUGCCCGCCCCGUCCACCAUGCGCCACGGCGUCGCUGCGAGAUUCCAGUGAUUUUAGUUGCCAACCCAACAGCAUUCGUCAAGCCUCUAUGCGUACGCAAAGUGGCAUCAAUUGCUAAUGAGAUCGUGGUGAAUGUCAGCUUCGGCAACUGCUGUCUCAUGAAUCUGACAAGUACCUUCGUCAAGAACGGCCGCUCACGAGUAAUUGAAGUGAUCCCCGUCACACCCCCAUGGCAGAACAUCCCGAAAAUCCACAUCUGCACUCGAUAUCCUGCCUCUGCGUCCUUUGACCUCUCAGGUGUGCCUCUUGGAUAA